UUGCAUGUGGUGUGUAACUUGGUGUGCUGGCUGUAGCCAAGGGAUGAUCCGUCUCCAGGGCUAGCAGCACAAGGCAGAAUAAAAAUCUAUAGUAAAAAUGAGUAGUGCAUAUGUUUUUACUCAGUACAGCAGACCUGAAUUUUCGGUCCCAGUGCAGAGUGUGGCACUAAGCGACCCUUUCUUCGCUGUGUGACCUUUACACGCCAUGUGUACGUGGUAAGAGGCAGUUGGUGGGCUAUUAACUAGUUUAAAUGGAUAUAUUAAGAAGUGAACAGGUAGAAGGAUCGUUAACUGCCUAACCGAUGACCUGCACAUGGAGUGCUGCAGUGUGUAGCUAAAGUGUGUGGCGUCACUUUUGAAGGUUGGAGAACUGAAAUAUUGGGAGUUAGGUUAUAAUUAUGAGGUAGCUAGCUAGAUAGUUUGCUGUUAAAAACACUUAUUUCCUGGUGAAAGUAGUCUUUGGCCAUGUUGAGUUCACUGGCAACACUGUCCUAAUACUGAAGUUAGUUUCUUUGAGUUUAAAAUUGUUAGAUAAAGCUUUUACAGAAGAAGGCAACCCCAAACUGCUUCACUGUUUCUACAUGGCUCUUCCCUGUCGUGGCCUGCUAGUGCCUCUUUUCCGGAGCUCUUGGGGCAGAUGGCGAAGCGUGCCUGCUCAGUACUGGAGGAAUCCCCAGCAGCCUGGGUGCAUGUGUUUUGGUUCUGCCCGGUCCAGCGGAGACCCAGAGUGUGAGCCUCACACCCCAGUUCUGCUGAAUGAGGUUCUGCACUACUUGGAUAUCCAGCCAGGCCAGGUCUUUCUGGACCUGACCUUUGGGGGCGGAGGUCACAGUAAGGCCAUCCUGCGGUCUGUUCCAGGCGUGACUGUGGUCGCCGCGGACCGCGACCCCGUGGCGUUCCGUUUGGCGCAGAAGCUUGCAGAAGAAUACCCGGGCCAGGUGAGGCCUGUGCUAGCGCGGUUCAGUCAGCUGAGAGAGCUGCUCCCCAGCCUCGGCCUGGCCGACAGCGGCCUGGACGCUGCCCUGCUGGACGCCGGAUGCUCCUCCAUGCAGAUGGAUGUUGCGGUGAGAGGCUUCUCCCUCAGCAAGGAUGGACCGCUGGACAUGAGGAUGGAUGGAGACAGGUACCCCGCCAUGCCCGGCGCGGCUGACGCCGUCAACGCCUUGGAUCAGCAGGCGCUCACGUCCGUGCUGGCCACGUACGGGGAGGAGCGGCACGCCAGGAAAAUCGCAGCGGCCAUCGCGCAGGCACGCAGCUUCCACCCCAUCGUCCGGACGCAGCAACUAGCCCGCAUCGUGGCAGGAGCGUUCCCUGCCUGUGCCGAAUACGCCCGGCGAGACCGGCUGCAGAGACCCUCUCACGUGGCUACCAAGACCUUCCAGGCGCUGCGCGUGUUCGUGAACGACGAGCUGAACGAGCUGGUGGCAGGACUGCAGGAGGCGCAGCGCCUCCUGCGGCCGGGCGGCCGUCUGUGCGUGCUCACCUUCCACUCCCUGGAGGACCGCAUCGUCAAGCGCUUCCUCCGCGGCGAGGACCUAGCCGCCCCGCGGCGCGGCGGCGUCCGCCAGCUCAUCCGGGCCGCGGACGAGGAACAGGACGGCGAAGAGGGAGAGGCGGAGAGUGGACGCUGGGCGCACCUGCGGAGGAAGGUUGUGCUCCCCAGCAAGGAGGAGGUGCAGGGGAAUCCACGGGGGAGGUCAGCCAAGCUUAGAGCAGCCAUGAGGCUGUAGCCGAGCUGGAGAGAUCCCCUGCCGUGUCAUUCUCCCAGCGUGUGCUCAGACACUGCGGAGCCUUUUAAGGCCUCUGGCUUCUAGAGCAAAACUCAUCUUGGCUUAAGAACAGUGACGGUAGGACGUUUCAAAGUGCAAGGGGACUCAGGGACACGAGCCUUCCUUCACGCCCAUGUCCCGACUGUAGCUGAACACUCUGCUUCCCUCUGCUGUAGGUUUACUUCUGCUCUGAGCAAACUUUUUAGUCUACCUGUCGAUGAACCUGAGGUGGUAAUGUAAUAACAUUACAAAGUAAUUUAUCUUGGUUUUUUUUGGACAAAAUUAUACAACCUCAGAACUCUAAAAUCAGGGACUGAAUGGAUGGAUAAAGGAAAGGUUGUGUAUGCUGGACAUUCAAAAGUGAAAAGAAAUGCCAAGGUCAUAAUGUAACUCAUAAUGAUGAAAUCUCAAAUCAAUUCCAUUCUUUCAUUAGCUGUACCCUCAAAACUGUAUACCUGGAAACAAAACCCACAUUACACACCCUCCCUAUA